UAUUAGCUUGGUUUACAGAAUUCAGAAUUUGGUUGUAAUUUAAUAAUGACUAAAAUAUUGUUGUUAUAUUAUAAAUAUUUUAGGCCAGUUUGAAAAACAUUAUGAAGAACACACCUGCCCCGGCUUCUUCUACCAAACAAAUGGGUAAAAGAAAAUUGAAAGCUGUAGUGGAGGAUGUAGUAGUGGAGGAUGUAGUAGUUGAGGAUGAAUUAGAAGAUGACCCGGAGGAUGAUGGCAAUGAAGAAGGCAGUUCUGAAGAUGAAGAUUAUGAAGAAGAGGUGGAAGAAGAUGAUCCAAAUGAGGUGUUAGGUGCUGGUGAUUAUGUUGAAGAGGUGGAGUACCUACAACCUACUCAAAGCGGGCGUAAGCGGAAAGUGGUUGAGAAGCAAGAAAAAGUUGUGCCCAACACUUCCAAUCGCAGCAAACCUGUUCAGCAACAGAAGAGGAUCUAUAGAACGGUGAAGCGUCCGGCAGCUGUUAAAAGACAAUUUGUAGAAAGACCGCAUAGACAAUACGUGGAGAGGCCGUCAGCAACUCAGAGGCAAUAUGUGGAAAGGCCCCCUCCAGUUCAGAAGCAAUAUGUGGAAAGGCCCCCUCCAGUGCAGAGGCAAUAUGUGGAGAUGCCGGGCCAAGUACAGAGGCGAAGAAUUGUUGUUGAACAAGAUGAUGAGAUUGAUCUAGAACCGGGUCCAUCGGUUGGUGAGAAGGUGAAAAUGAACGGGGUUGUCGUUAGUACGCAGUUGAGGAAGUGUGGAAAGUCUGCAAAUAACAACUGUCGGAUUUCUGCUUUCUCUUAUCUGAUAACUAUCUUGAACAUUGAUCAAGAGAAAAUAGACCUUGUGACGAGGUGUGGGUUUGGUGGCUUGAUGAAGCUGAAAGUAAAAAAAAUUGAUCGGAGGUUUUGUUAUUGGCUCAUGACAAGGGUUGAUCAUGAUAAGAGUGUUUUAGUUGGUGUUGAUGGGAAGGAGUUGCCUUUAGGACCAGAGCAAUGGAGGUGUAUAUUUGAUCUGCCCCGAGUUCCAAGACCUGUGCCAAAUAUGGUAGAGGAUCCUUUAAUUAAGAGUAAAGUAACGGACAUUGUUAGGCAUUAUGGUGAGCUGAAUGCAAGUGGGCGAGAGAAUAUUUCGAUUCAAAAGGCAUAUGAUUGUUUAGGACUGAUGCCAAUUGGAACGGAGGAGAAGAAGGACAAUUUUAUGAGGGUCUUUCUUACAGUUAUUUUGGGCUGCAUUUUGUGUCCAACGACUAACGGUCAGAGCAUGUGUACUAGCUUGUUACCUGAUGUUACUGUAGAGGCUGGUGCUAAUGAGUAUGACUGUUGUUCUUGUGUCCAUAGAAGGCUGAUGGGUUAUGUGCGGGACUUUCAGAAAAGAUUUGACCCGAAAGGGUAUGCUGCUAGUGGGGGUGGAUGUGCCCUAUUUCUGAUGAUAUUCUAUUUGGAUCAUCUUGCGUUGCCUCCAUUGAGUUGGGGGACAAUGCCCAGAAUUGAUGUGUGGGCCGAUAAGAAAUUUACUGCAGCUAUUCAAGAGGACUUGUUGUCGUCUUUAGAUUAUGGAAAACUGAAAUUGGUUGAUGUAGCGUACGGGGAAAGGCAUCCAUUGGAGCCUAGGGACUCUGUGGAACCAUUAGAAGUGAGGGUUGGAAAGGAGUGUGGUAUUUUUGAGUUGAGUUAUAUUUCAGUUGACCUCCUUCUAUAUGUCCACACGAUGUCUCUGUGGGUUUGUGUGUUUGUGUGUGUGGUCACAUCAAGGGUAAAAUCUGUAAAUGGAGAUGUUUUCUCAGUCUUUCCAUUAAUUACAUUUUUCCAUCUUUAUGUAGUUGUUGUGGUGUUUGUGAUAUUUGGUUGUGUUGUAUUUGUACUGAUUAGGUGA